AUGACGCAGUCAGGCAACUCUUCAACUGGGCUUGGCUCGCAAAGUAUUAGCAAGGAUCAUUGUUUCCAUUGCUGCUCCGAACCCGCGAGCCUGUGGCAAGAGUGCAGCCACGGUAGCCGCUUCGCUUGCUGUUUUGCGUGUUCACAGCAAGUUGAUCGCUGCCCUCAGUGUGGGCAACCUCUGUCGAAGCUAGGUGUGGCUCGCACAUCCUCCUCCGAGGCUGAGCAGCACGCAGAUGAGCAAAAUGCCGAGCAGCAGCUGCAGCACAGUCAAACAAAAUAUGUGAUCGUAAUGGCCGUCCCAGUCUUUCUGGUUUAUUAUCACCGGCACUGGAUCAGCAAGGAGGAUUUGGCCAGCCGAACGGCUGACACACAGGCUGAGCACAUGGACGGCAAAAACGUGUUGGUGUUUUGGAGGCACGGUACCGUAGCAUUAUUGGAGUGGAUAUUGACCAAUCCGCAUCUCGAGCUUGGUAUCGUCAGUGGAUCUAUGGACGUUCCUUUCCUGUCCAGGAUCAUUUGCGCAGUCUUGAGAGAUGGGCUGGGCUGGACAGAUGUGUCUUUCGAUGAGCCUUCUUGCAGUGUCCAGGCUUCGGGAUGCUGGAUUCACUUGUUUGGACCAGAGUGUGUGGAAUCUCACAUGGGUGGCAGCCGUAAAUUGUUGGCGCCCAUCAUGACGCGGUUGCCGGCAUUCAGCGACGGCUCCAUAAUAAUCCUCGAACGACAUGGCCGCGAUCUCGUUGACGACGAAGACUACGAUCCUAACACGCUGUUGGUGAGGCCUUAUGUUGAAGAUAUAUGGGGUACUUGGGCCUGGGAUGUUCCAAUCGACAAGCAGAUGAAUGACCUCCAGGAGCUUUUCAAGAAGCUGGUUGCUGAUCGCCCGGCUGACGUCCGCGGGUUUCUACGGCAGCUACGCUCGAGGUUC